UAUCACUGACACUAUCCAUUACUUUUUUUUCCCUAAACUUUUGCGCGUCGGCUUAUAAAAUGGCAAAAAAAUCCCCCCAAAAAUUUGAUGUCCGACGCGAUCACCGGGAGAAUACGACGGCGCCAUGGUGGGGGAGCUUGUUCUCUGGUUCAUUUCCUUCGUAGCGGUGAUCAGCCUCAUCGGAUUCAGCGCAUAUCAGCUUAUUUGCCUAUCUGAUUUGGAGUAUGACUACAUCAACCCAUAUGAUUCAUCGUCACGUAUCAAUGCUGUUGUGACUCCAGAGUUCAUAGUGCAGGGGAUAUUAUGCAUUUUAUUCCUCCUAACAUGGCAUUGGUUUCCAUUUUUAAUAAUGGCUCCUGUCACAUAUUACCACAUAAAAUUAUACAUGAAAAGGAAGCAUCUAAUAGAUGUUACUGAGAUCUUUAGAGCAUUGAAUGAAGAGAAGAAAUACAGAUUUAUCAAGCUUGGUUUCUAUUGCUGCAUUUUUAUCAUUGUCAUUUACAGGCUUGUGACUACUGCCGUUAUGUUACUUAUCAACGAAGAUGAGUGGAAUUUAGAAUCUGGGAUGUUUUGAUAUGUAUUACGAAUGGUAGUCGGUUUCUUUGCUGAUCACGACUUGCUUUAGCAUGGAGGAAGAUGCACGGAGUUGAAAUCCAUCAGAAGUUCGAGGGCAUAUGAAACCGAUCAUGCGGCAACUCGUGCUCGAUUUGCCGUCACUCCAUUAUGAUGGUUUUGUGAGUGUAUCAUCGAAACUUCUCCCACUUCCCCUCGAAAAUUUGUUGAAGUUGCACAGUUCGUUGUAACUUUAAUUUUAUCAUGAGAUUAUGCUUUGUAAAAUGACUUUUUACUGCGCUUGAAAUGAAACUAGUUGAACAGACUUUUUCAA